AUGGCAUUCUCAGGUGAGCCGUGGGAUUCUGCUACAGUAUAUAGACACUACUACUCUACUACUACCCUCAUACAACCUCGCAUGCAACCCAUCCUACCAACAACCAUGUCUUCACCCGCAACUCAAUACGUCUACGUCCCCAACCUAGUUGGCGGACAGAUGCUCAGGAUCCCCAUCGAGGACGUCGAAGCCGAGGGCCAAAUCUCCAUUGCCCAACAGCCCAUCGCGAGCCCAACGCUCUCUUCACGAUACGUCCGCGACUCGUCACCGUCGCCAAGCAUGGAGAGCGUUGACGACACCGACGAGUAA